UGACGAAUCCCAGGGCUUCAAAGACUGAAACCAGGUCCAGCACCCGGACCGUAGACACACCGACAAGGACACUCCAAACUGGGAUGAACGAUGGAUGCUGCCCAAACGCGCACACUGGAAUCAAGACAACACACCAGGAGCUAUCCUGAUUUUACGCUUUCUUAGACCUUCACUUCACCUGGCGCCUGUUUCGAUCGAAGCAAGCGAAAUUGGAGAAUAACUUGAUUACAGGGCUUCUACAAUAAAUUGGGAUUUAAAAAUAUAGAUUUUGAGAGCAUCUCUUCAGAAACAGGGGGACCUUUGAAUUUGGAUCGAAAUACUGUUAAAAUCUACUUGGACUGGAUUUGUAUUCAUUUUACUCAUAGGAACUUUGGAAUAAAGCAGUUUUGAAUUGCAGGUAUUCACAGACUUGUUAAUGUCAUCAAAACAUCUACAUUAGGCUAUAAAUCGGCUACGCGCUCUUGAAAUAAUAAGUACAACGAACUUAUUUUAAUCAAGCUUGUGGAAUUGUUGAUUGUCUCUCGAAAGCAUUGGAGCUUGGAACACGGAAGAUAUGCUUCAAUGGAACUGUUCACUUUUUCAAGAAAUCCCAGAUGGAGGUUUCCCGGUAUGAGGAGGGAAUAACCAGGAAGUCCGAAGUCCUCCGACCAGGAUCUCUGGGAAACAGAAUUUUUUGAAAGUUCCAGGAAUUUUUUAACCCUAAAAGUUCUCCUGAACGUCUGGAUUGACUGACACACACAAUCAUGGACAGAUCACUGGACCUCUGAGUGCAAUCUUCCUCUUUCUCCUCCUCCUUCCUCCUCCUCCUCUUCCUCCUCCUCCUUCCUCCUCCUCCUCCUCCUCUUCCUUCAUCCUUUUCCUCCUCCUCCUCUUCCCAUUGAAGGUCCCACCUGGUUGCCAGAAAAUCAGUGAGACAGAAAGACAGAUCAACAAGAGGUUACAAAAAAACAGAGGUUCCAACAAACCCCCUCUGGUCUUUUAAUUCAUUUGGUAACCAUGACGACCACUCUUUCCCCCUCCUUAUCUGGGCACCUGGUGAACCCCCAAGUCCCCCUGCCAUCAUCGUUGAUGCUUCUGCUGCUGAUACAACUGUUUAGUUGGUGCCCGGCUGCUCCCUCAGGGCCUGAGUCAGACACCUGCUCCACUCUGAUUCAGAGCCGAUUCUUCGGUCACUUCCUGUCCUCCUCCACUUUCCCCACGGCACCCUGCUCCUGGACCCUGCAGAACCCCGACCCGCGCCGCUACACCAUCUUUAUCAAGGUAACCAAACCUACCUCCACAACGGACUGCAUUCCCCGGCAGCUCCGCACAUUCCAGUUUGACUCAUUUCUGGAGACCACGCGCACCUACCUGGGCAUGGAGAGCUUCAACGAGGUGGUCAAGCUGUGUGACUCUUCAUCCCCUGUGGCCUUUCUGGAGGCUGGGAAACAGUUCCUACAAAUGAGGAAAGGGCCGCCACGGGCCGGCAUGGAGGUCACCGCCCCUAACGCUAGCGAAGAUGGGGAAUUUAAGACAGAGUACCUGGUGGUGGGGAAGCGUAACCCCAGCAUGGCAGCGUGUCAGAUGCUGUGCCAGUGGCUGGAAGACUGCCUGGCAUCCAGCACCUCUAACAGGCCCUGUGGCAUCAUGCAGACCCCCUGCCAGUGCUGGGAGCCCCCUCCUCCUCCACAGCUCAGCGAGGGGGAUGGAUGCUACAGGAACGGGUUCUACCUGGAGAACUGCCUACCCAGCUCCAAUGAGAAGAGUGAUACUGACAGCAACGGUGGCUGGAGUGUGUGGGCGGAGUGGAAGGAGUGCAGCAGUGACUGUGGUGGUGGCGUUCAGACCCGGAGCCGUACCUGUCAAUCUCCCCCGGAGGAGAUGUGUGAGGGAGUAUUGGAGGAGGGAAGGCCCUGUAACCCUCAGCCCUGCAGUGGCAAAGGCCGUCAUCUCUCUCGCAGCCAAUCACUUCGCUCCGUGGACAGCCGCAAGCGUGAUGGCGGCGGUGGCGAGGUAGACAAGACGCGAGGCGGUGGCGGCGGACAGCAGGCCCCACAGACAGUGGACCAGGCUGCGUCAGGUGAGGAGUGGUCGUCGUGGAGUGUGUGUUCGGCCACGUGCGGUGAGGGCUGGCAGAGCCGCACGCGUUUCUGUGUCUCCUCCUCCUACAGCACCCAGUGCAGCGGCACGCUCCGAGAGCAGAGGCCCUGCAACAACUCUGCCGUCUGUCCAGCCGCUCUGAUUGCAGUGCACGGGACUUGGGACGAGUGGUCGCCAUGGAGCUUGUGUUCGUCAACCUGCGGCCGUGGUUACCGGGAUCGCACGCGAAGCUGCAAGCCCCCUCAGUUUGGGGGAGACCCCUGUAUGGGGCCGGAGAAACAGACCAAGUUCUGCAACAUCGCUGUCUGCCCAGUUGAUGGAGUGUGGAAUGAGUGGGCUAAUUGGGGUUCAUGCUCUGCGUCCUGCUCCAACGGGACCAUGCAGCGCAUCAGAGAGUGUAACGGACCUUCGUACGGAGGAUCAGAGUGUCGCGGGGAGUGGAUAGAGACCAGAGACUGCUUCCUACGGGAGUGCCCAGUGGAGGGGAAGUGGCAUCCUUGGACGUCGUGGGUGGGCUGCACCAAGACAUGUGGCGGAGGGAGCCAACAGAGACAGAGGAUUUGCUAUGGGCCCUUCUUUGGGGGUGAAAAUUGUCCUGGAGAUCGGGAGGAGGUGCGACGCUGCAAUGAGAAGCGGUGUCCAGAGCCUCAUGAGAUCUGUGCAGAAGAGAACUUCUCCAACGUAGUGUGGAAAAUGACUCCAGCAGGGGACACAGCAGCCGUACGCUGCCCUCCCAAUGCCAAUGGGCUGAUCCUGAGGCGGUGCACUCUGGAUGACGAGGGAAUAGCCUACUGGGAGAACCCCACUUAUAUGAAGUGUAUCUCCAAUGACUACCGCAGCAUCCAAACACUGACUCGGGAACACCUGUCCAAGGCCCAGCGGGGGCUUGUGGGGGAUGGAGUUUCAGAGGUGAUGACCAAGCUCAGGGUGACGUCCAGCGAUGGGACCAGCUACAGUGGAGACUUGCUGGCCAUAGUGGACGUACUGAAGAACAUGACAGAGAUAUUCAGAAGGGCCUACAACAGCCCCAGCAAUGCAGACAUGAGAAACUUUGUCCAGUCAGUCAGUAACCUGCUGAUGGAGGAGAACAGAGAGAGAUGGGAAGAAGCACAACUGUUGGGUCCUAACAUCAAGGAGCUGUUCCGGUUGGUGGAAGACUUUGUGGACGUCUACGGUCUUAGGAUGAAAGACUUCCAGGACAUGGUUGAGGUCACCGAUAACUUAGUUCUGUCCAUCCACAAGCGUCCGGUGGCAGGUAAUGCAGACAUCAGCUUCCCUAUGAAGGGCUGGAAGGGGAUGAUGGACUGGGCCCGCAGCUCUGAGGACAGAGUUACUGUCUCCAAGAACAUCCUCUCCACAGGCAAGCCAGAUGCAGAUGACUUGUCAGCGUUUGUCACCGGGAUCGUUCUCUACAGAAACCUGGGCAGCAUCCUAUCUUUACAGAGAAACAGCACUGUGCUCAACUCCAAGGUAGUGUCUGUGACCAUCAAACCCACCCCAGGAUCCCUCUCUACCCCGGUGGAGGUCCAGUUCUCACACCUUUACAACGGCACCACAAACCAGACCUGCAUCUCCUGGGACGAGAGUGACACCUCAUCGCUGCUCGGAUCGUGGUCUGCCAGGGGCUGCAGAGCCGUGCCUAUCGACUCAUUCAGCACCAAAUGCGUGUGUGACAGACUCUCUACCUUCGCCAUUUUAGCACGGCUAAAUCCUGACAUGAACAUGGAUAAAAUGCAGCUUCCCUCUGUGACGCUGAUGGUGGGCUGUGGAGUCUCCUCUCUCACCUUGCUGCUCCUCAUCAUCAUCUAUGUGUCGGUCUGGAGGUACAUUCGCUCCGAGCGCUCCGUCAUCCUCAUCAACUUCUGCCUCUCCAUCAUCUCCUCCAACGCCCUCAUCCUCAUUGGUCAGACGCAGACACGGAACAAGGUGAUCUGCACGCUGGUCGCUGCUUUCCUGCAUUUCUUCUUCCUGUCGUCGUUCUGUUGGGUUCUGACAGAGGCGUGGCAGUCAUACAUGGCCGUGACUGGCCGGCUGAGGAACCGCAUCAUCCGCAAGCGAUUCCUGUGUCUGGGCUGGGGUCUACCUGCUCUGGUUGUGGCAGUCUCUGUGGGUUUCACCAAAGCUAAGGGAUAUGGCACCGUCAACUACUGCUGGCUGUCUCUGGAAGGUGGUCUGCUUUAUGCGUUUGUGGGACCGGCUGCCGCUGUAGUCUUGGUUAACAUGGUUAUCGGGAUUCUCGUAUUUAACAAACUGGUGUCCAAAGACGGAAUUACUGAUAUGAAACUGAAGGAGAGGGCAGGUCAGAUGACAGUACCACUGUACAAUAUGACGCUCAAAUGUGCCAAGUGCGGAGUUAUCUCGUCGGCUGACGUUUCUACCACAGCUACCAGUAACGCCAUGGCGUCGCUGUGGAGCUCCUGUGUGGUUCUGCCUCUCCUGGCCCUCACCUGGAUGUCUGCUGUCCUGGCCAUCACCGACCGGCGCUCCUCCCUCUUCCAGAUCUUGUUCGCUGUGUUUGAUUCGCUGGAAGGCUUCGUCAUCGUCAUGGUGCAUUGCAUCCUGCGCAGAGAGGUUCAAGAGGCAGUGAAGUGUCGGGUAGUGGACCGCCAGGAGGACGGGAAUGGAGACUCAGGGGGAUCUUUCCAGAACGGACAUGCUCAGCUUAUGACUGAUUUCGAGAAAGACGUCGACAUGGCUUGCAGAGGAGGUAAGAGUACCGGCAAAAAAAAGAGUACUCUGAAGCGUUCCUCUCUCCAGGGUGAUGAGAAGCCAUCCUCCCAGCCCCUGACCCUUCAGAAGGGCUCUAACUUCAACACCAUGCCUGCCAGCAUGGCCAAGGUCCACCUCCAGAAUGUGGCAGACUACCCCAGUCAUACUCUCACCCUGCGCAGGGAGAAGGGUGGUGCCACCAAGGGCAUCAGCACCGAGCUGCCGGGAGCCAAGUCCAUCUACAUCUGUGACGGGGAGCUCUUUAAACAGCUGGACGGGGAGCUGUCUCCACGGGGGACAGGGGAGGCCGGGGGGCCUGAGGGCACAGGGUACAUCAUCCUGCCUAACAACAACAACACUGGCACCCUGGGGCGGCCCGGAAAGGGCAGCAAGGAGGACACGACGGCCAAGUACAACAUCAGCAUUGAGCAGCAGAUGCCCCAGACCAGACUCAUCCACCUGGCCAACUCGGCGGGGGUGGAGGGCGUCCCGGGUUUCGCGCUGAAGAGCCUGCCUGCAGACUUGGUCAGUGUCUCCUGCUCGGAGAGGGAGUCGCCCGUCCACAACAUGCAGAACGUCUCCGGAGAAUCCCACAUGACCAACAGCAUGUGUGAACAGGGUGAUUCUGGGAACUCUGGAAUGAUGUCCAAGAGCGAGACCGUGUCCACGCUCUCCAUGAGCUCCCUGGAGAGACGAAAAUCCCGCUACGCGGAGCUGGAUUUUGAGAAGAUCAUGCACACACGGAAGCGUCACCAGGACAUGUUCCAGGACCUGAACAGGAAGAUCCACAGUGCAGACCAGGACAGGGCGUCUCCGCCUGGCGAUGGGAAGGCAGGGAAGAGGUGGAGUGUGUCCUCAGCAGGCAGCGACAAGACCAUCAUGAGCGACAAGCAGCAGACACCCAGUAAGAGAGCCUGGGAGGGCAUCAGGAAGACCCAAUCUCCCCCAUCGUGGAUGAGGAAGGACCUGGAGCCCUUGGCGGCCUCUCCCCUGGAGCUGCAGAACGUGGAGUGGGAGAAGGCCAGCGCCACCAUCCCUCUGGUGGGACAGGAGCUCAUGGACCUGCAGACAGAGGUGUGAGACUGAGACAGAGAGACAGACGGAGAGAGAGACAGAGAGCAGCCAACCCCGUCCCCCAGCCCAGCUCUCAGACAGACAGACUUCGUCCCUUCUCGCAGCUCCACAUCUCAAUCUGGGAACCAACGACCAACGAUCAAUGACCAACGAAAUGGGCAGUGGUGAGACAGAGACAGAGAGAGAGAGAGAGAGAGAGAGAGAGAGAGAGAAUGGCCUGAUAAAUGGGGGGAAUGAGAACAGGUUUGCGGUGCAUUUUGUUAUAUUUUCUUAUUGCUGCUGGAAUCAGUUUUUUGUUUACUAUGUCAGAAAGUCAUAUAUCUGGUCUGUUAUUAUCCACAUUAUUACUUCACUGGACACAUACUUGAGUCCCUCUCUCCUCCUGGUAGAUCUCUGUGGAUGGUUAGCCAUGUUUGGUAUUUGGGUGGUGUAGGUAGUGUAGAUUAAAAGGACAGACUGCCUAUGGACUCACUUCACCAGCCUGCUAACAGAUCACCUGGACCAGCCAUACAGUUCAUGUUCCAACCAAACUACAUGUCCAGUACAUGUCCCAAACACGCCUAGGCAGUGGAGGAGGCAGACUGCUGGACCAUAACCAUGUGCCUCUCCAUGCCAACUAAGAGCCCCCCCCCCCCACCCUCCACUGCACUGUCAGACAGUGUCCCCACCCGCUUGACAGGAAGGGAGCAGACCGAUGACAUCACAGUCAGUCAAAGGGUGGAAAACCCUCCCAUUGGUGGGGGCCAUAGUGACAUCAGCAUAGACCAACAAGGAUGAGAUAUCUCAUUUGCGGAUGCCCUUAAUGACAUCACAGAAAGCCGAGAUGGCCAUAUCUCGUUGGUGGAAGCUUCUAUGACCUCAGCAGAAGCCAAUGAGACAGUGUUUUGAUUGGUUGAUUGGUUGCUUGGUGUACAAGCAGGCUUGGUACAUUUGUGGCAAAUAUAAUUCUGCUUGUUCGGUAAAUGCAGGUGGUAAAAAAUGAAGGACACUCAUGUCACAAAGUAUAUAAAGAAUGAUGCUUAAUAAUGACAAUGGAAAUGAAUAAAUAUAAAAAUAUAUAUGAUAAAUACUGUAUAGGACAUGACAGAGGUUGUGACUCUGCAGUAUGGGGUUAGGAUUAGUUGCACACAGAGAAAGCACAAGGCUCUUUUGGAGUCCUGUUGUACAGCAAUGUAAUUAUUUCAACAGAGUUCUACAGAAUGAAUUUUAGCCUAUAAAUAUCUUUCUUACUGUGCUUGGGAAUUAUUGUUGUCAUUAUUAUAAUUAUGACCAUGAUUAUUCACAUUACAUCUGCGUCCGAAAUGGCACCCUAUUCCCUAUGUAGUGCACUGCUUUUGACCAGGUCAAAUGACAGGAAUUAACACCAGGUUAAAAGUAGUGCACUAUAUAGGGAAUAGGGUGCCAUUUCGGACACAUAUUAUGAUUCCCCUCCCAUCCUUUUCAGGGUACUGGAAUAUGAGUGUUCUGUAACUCCAUGUAACAGUGUGUGUUUUGGUAUCACUGACUGUCACUCCCUCCUCAGAUCUGUACGUGUCUGACAUGAACCCUGGCCUCUGUCCCCUGACCUUUAACCUCCACCGCCCCUCCACCUUUUUAGUUCACAGGGGUUGACUCUUUGUUAAUGUACAGUUUUCAGAGCACAAAAUGAAUGUGUCACAUUUCUAAUAAAAGUAUAUCUAUAUAAUAAAG